AUGAUAAAUGGGGAGCUAACAAAGCCUUUUGAUGCUGCUAAAGGACUCAGACAGGGUGAUCCCAUAUCACCAUUUCUAUUUGCAAUUGCAAUAGAAUACCUAAGCAGGCUGCUCAAAGGGUUGAAACAUGUUCAAGAAUACAAGUUUCAUCCUAGAUGUGGUAAGCUAAACAUAACACACCUCAGCUUUGCAGAUGACCUACUGAUGUUUGCUAGGGGCGAUAGUAAGUCUGUCACUAAUCUUCAUACUUGCUUUAUGAAAUUCUCUGCUACAUCUGGACUUCUAGCUAAUCCCAACAAGAGUGCAAUCUAUUUUGGAGGAGUUGAUCAAAAUACAAGACAGGAAAUAUUACAGAACACUGGGUAUUCAUUUGGGGAGUUGCCCUUCAAAUAUCUAGGCAUACCACUAGACACAAAGAAGUUAUCAGCUAUGCAAUGGCAACCAUUGAUUGAUAGAAUAGUUGCAAAGAUCUCCUCUUGGACAGCUAAGAAAUUAUCCUAUGCUGGAAGGGUGCAGUUAGUCCAAUCAAUGAUAUUUGGUAUCCAAUCUUAUUGGUCCCAAAUAUUUAUCCUACCAGCUAAAGUGAUCAAACUGAUAGAAUCAUAUUGCAGAAGUUACAUCUGGCCUGGUUCCAAUACAAUCACAAAGAGAACUCUGAUAGCAUGUGAUAGAAUGUGCUUGCCUAAAUCUGCUGGAGGGUAUAAUCUAAUGAAUAUCAGAAUAUGGAACAGAGCUGCUAUCACCAGUGUCUAUUGGGAUCUUACACAGAAGAAGGACAAAAUGUGGAUAAAAUGGAUCCACACAUACUACAUAAAAGGGCAGAGGUUAAUGGAAAUGAAUAUUCCUCAGCAGGCAAGUUGGAUGGUGAGAAAGAUCAUGGAAGCAAGAGAAGUGGCUCAGCAAGGACCUACAUUUCUAAACAGGAAAAGUAACACCAAGCAAAUAUACUUCCAUUCUGGGAAACUACAAUAA